AAAUGUCAAUGUCAAAUUAGAUUUUAACAAAACUUAAAUUUUUCGAGGUUAUGUAUCUAUUGUUAUUAAUUGUAAAAUAAAUAUUAAAUAUACAUUUGAAUUGCGUACAAUAUUAAUAAAAUACUAAUGUUAACGUUUAGUAUACUCAAAAAAUGCAAAUACAAAGCGUCGGUGUAUAAACUGUAUAAGAAUCUAAGUGUUGAUGUUUCUCAGUCAAGAGUCAGACCUGCAGCCGAAAAAUUAUCAGGUGACACAAGUUAUAUAGAAAUCUUACCAUCAUGGGCUCCCAAUGAAGAGGCUGACUUGCGCACCAUCAUCCUGCACCACAUGCACAUCCUGCCUAACUUUGUCAGUGAAGAAGAAGAGGCUGCCUUGCUCGCUGAGGUGGAGCCUCAGUUGAAGAAGAUGAGAUACGAGUAUGACCAUUGGGACAAUGCAAUUGAAGGUUACCGUGAAACGGAACGCGGCAAAUGGAACAACCAAAACGAGGCUGUUUUAUCCCGAGUGAAGGAAAUGGCGUUUGCACCUAAAGCAGAGCUGUUGCCCUACGUUCAUGUACUUGAUUUGGCUGCGGGUGGACAUAUCAAGCCUCAUGUGGAUGCUGUUAGGUUCUGUGGUGACACAAUAGCAGGCCUGUGCCUGGCGUCCAGCGCCGUCAUGAGGCUGACGCACGAGAAGAAGCCUCACGUGGCUUUGGACGCAUUGCUGGAGCGACGGUGCCUGUACAUCAUGAGCGGAGUGGCGCGAUACGACUUUUCGCACGCGGUGCUGGGCGGCGAGCAUAGUGUAUGGAGAGGAGACCGGCUGCCCAGACGACGGAGAGUGGCCAUCAUAUGUCGCGAGCAGCCCAAAGCGGAGCAUAGACAAUAGUAUUACACCAAUUCGGAUAGUUAGGGAAUUAUUGUACUAGUCUGGCAAGAUCGUUGAUGACACUCCCAUGGUAUGAGGGCGACGGGGGGAAAGACUGCGUGGGUGUGAAAUCGUGCGGGGAAGUGAGGUGCAUCAGUCGUGGGGUUUUCAUUCAUCGCUACACGCCCCCGGCCCGCGCGGACCAUCGGGAGUGUUACGAACGAAGUUGCAAAGCAAUAAUCACCAAUGGGACUGUUGGUGUAUACCCAACCAGAGUCAUAGAUUUGUUGGGCAUACAUCUACAAAAACGUGGAUACAUAAAGUUUCUAGUUUAACGUGUAAAUAGUAAAAUAAAAAUACUGAUUUAUCGAAAUAAAAUCCUCCUCCCUCCUAUAGGCAGUAUUGGUUUUGUUAUAUAAAUAAAAUAUUUAUUGUUGUUGACAAAA